AUCAAUGAUCAUCCAAUGUUAUGUUCUGUGAUCCUUAACUUCGAAAUCCCAUUAUUUUAAACUUUUAUAUUGUUAUUAUAUUCAACAUGCCUGGAGAAAUAUUAAUACGUUCUGCAUCGAGCAGGGUAAAUACAUGUGUUGCUGUUGAAAGAUCACAACGCCAUCCAGAAAUUUAUACUCCAGGACAAACCAUUACUGAACAGAGUGUUAUAAGGGGUCAUGGCACCUAUGAAGAAGACGGAAUACUUAAAGCUUCUGUAGCUGGUAUUCAAGAGAAAGUAAAUAAUUUAAUUUCUGUACGUCCACUGAAAACAAGAUACAACGGCGAGAUUGGGGAUGUUGUGGUUGGUCGAAUUACAGAAGUUCAACAGAAAAGGUGGAAAGUUAACACAAAUGCACGAUUAGAUUCUGUUUUAUUACUGUCUGGAGUGAAUUUACCAGGGGGGGAAUUGAGGCGACGAUCACAAGAAGAUGAGCAUAUGAUGAGAAAAUAUCUCCAAGAAGGAGAUCUUAUAAGUGCUGAAGUUCAAAGUAUUUUCUCAGAUGGUUCUCUUUCUCUUCAUACAAGAAGUUUCAAAUAUGGCAAGCUUGGGCAAGGAUUUUUAGUUAAGGUAUCCCCAUCUCUUAUUAGAAGAAGUAAAACACAUUUCCAUAAGUUACAAAUAGGAAUAAAUCUAAUUUUGGGAACGAACGGGUUUAUAUGGGUGUAUCCUACAUCAGAUGAAACUGAAGAAAGUGUUGGAGGAUUUAUCCUUAAUAAAGAACAGGUUAUUCCUGAAGAUGUCAGGAUGAUUAUGACUAGAGUAAGGCAGUGCAUUUUAAUAUUGGCUCAGAGUAAAAUUAUGUUAUAUGAUACAAGCAUCUUAUUUGCAUACGAGGAGUCCAUGAAAUAUCCAAUUUCAGAAAUGAUAAUUCCUGAAGCAAUGCUUGAUGUUGCAGUUUUAACACAGCAUCAUUUAAUUGAAGCUGAAAAUGAAUAAAGUCUGAAACUAUUGGUGUUGAUAAAAACUUAUUUCUAUAUAAUGCAUUUUGGGGAAGUUUUCUAAAAAUUAUUAUUAGGAAAUGUAUUUCUACAGCAUUACCAAAAUAAAAAUCCCUUUUUUGA